ACUGGGACUGUGAAACACCGUGGAAUGAAUCACGAAAAGGAAUUUUUGCUUCGUUUAUGAAAGAUGCACCCCCUGAUGAGUACCAAUUGAGUUUUAGAGGCUUUCACACAGCUGCACAGUUGGGAUUCAGCUACACCACAAUAUGAAAAGUUCUGGAUUUUGCCUUUUUGUAUUAUUAGUCUGUGUUCAAGUAGUAGUGUUGGUGGUUUCUUACCUAUAUCUUCAUCAAUAUUCAAGAUAUAAAGACAAGACAUUAAUGAGAGAUCUAAAAAGAAAAACGCAUUCAGGACAAGAAUCAAAUUUCACUUCAUCGUUGCAAAUGGACAAGUCAGCGGACUUCCUUCAAAAUUCAACCAGGUACUCAUCGGUCAAGAAUAUUCGUACCCAGUGCUCUCAACUGACGUUCUCGUUCGUUUCUCACAUCACUCAGCCGCAUUUUGAUGACAGGAACACAGAUAUCUUUCUUCUAGUUUUAAUCACCUCUGGAGUUAGGAAGUCGUAUGUGACGCGAAGAAACCGUGUCCGGGACACAUGGGGUGACGAGGUCAACCACCCUGCUUCGAAAGACUGGAAACGAGUCUUUCUCUUGGGUAGGACCCAGACCGCCGAAAUCCAACAAGAAGCGUCAGUCUUCAAUGAUAUCCUAAUACUGAACAUGACAGAUAACUACGACAAUUUAGUAAUCAAGGUUUUUUCGGGACUGUUAUGGAGUAUAAUUCAUAUAAACCCUCGUUUUAUCCUCAAAGCAGACGACGAUGUCUAUGUUCGUGUUCCUUACCUAAUAUCAUGGCUGGAAAAUUAUGGCUCUGAUAAAUUGUAUGGAGGUCACGUGAUCCCUGACGGAGCAAGGGUAAACAGGUCAGUGACGUGGAAGAACCGGGUUUUGAAGGAUUGUUUGGCUGAAGACGUGUAUCCUCCAUAUUGCUCGGGUCCGUUCUAUGUCAUCUCUUCAAACAUCCUUCCUUCGGUAUUUGAAAGUGUGCGAAAAUGGACGGCUUUUCCAGCCGAGGAUGCGUAUCUGGGAAUCCUGGCACGAGAGAACGGAAUAAAGCCGGUUUCGAUAACCGGUUUUGAUUUGAAAAAACUUGAAGAUUACGGAACUUGUAACUGGGCUUCAGCAAUAGCACUUGGACAUCGCUUUGACUUGUUAAAGUUACAUUAUGUGGACAAGAAACUUCAGGAAACCAGCAGACUUCCCAGUGAUUAUUACAAAUGUUUACUGGACGACUGGGCAGUCAUUAUCGUUCCGAUUGCAAUCCCAAGUAUUUCGCUUUUGGUUGUGUGUGUUGUUGUUAAACUCCAAUCAUGUUGGAGAUAAGUUAAUUAUAUCGAAUAAAUCUCAAACCGAGUUCUUGCCGUAUUUACUGAACGAUAGCUCAUUCAAUACAGCAGGGCAAGGGGUUUGAGAUUUUCCCGCAAAGA